GAAUAACUUUUUGCCCUAAGUCACAGACGCCAGAUAUAGGUUGACCAUCUUCCCUGAUGAUUGGAUUAAACUCCUUAAAAAAAUUGACUCAGUGCAGUGUGCUUGGGUAGUGAAAAAGUGCAGUGUGCUUGGGUAGUGAAAAAGAAAGGAGGGGGGUCCUCUGAUUAACCACAGUUUUAUUCCAUGUUUUCUUUAAAUAGUUACCUGUACAGGUGGUCCUCGACUUUCAACAGUUCGCUUAGUGAUGGCUCAAACUUACAAGGACAGUGAAAAAAGUGAUUUAUGACAGUUUUUCCACACUUACGACUGUUGCAGCAUCCCCAUGGUCACGUGAUUGACAUACAGAUGCUUGACUGCUGACUCUCAUUUAUGACGGUGGCAGUGUCCUGGAGUCAUGUGAUCACCUUUUGUGGUCGUCCGACAAGCAAUGUUAAUUAGGAAACCAGAUUCACUUAAAAAUGUGUUACUAAUUUAACAACCGCAGUGUUGUUAAACUGUUUUAAAACUAAGUAAACUGCUACUUAUAAUAAUCUACAAAUACCAGCAUAGAACCAAAUCGAUGUCUGCCUUAAUAACUACUUAAAAAUUAGUGUGUGUUACACAUGUAUUGUCUUGAUUCAGAAUGCAGAUCUAUUAAAAUGCCAAGAUGAGUACUGAGCCAAGCAGGAAAGGUUCUGGACGAGGAGGAGGUGGUUUUCAAAGGUGGAGAAGAGGAAGAUGGCAAGGGAGAGGAAAAGGAAGCGGACAGAGAGAAAACUGGAAAAAUGCUAGCGAAAAAUUAGUGUUGGCGCAACCUCAUCUUAUUCAAACAACGCUGGACCAGGCUACUCCAUAUAAAGGCUGGAAACUUUAUUUCUCUGAAGCAUAUGAGAUCAACUCACCUUUUGUUCAGAAGAUUGUAGCUUUUGAAACUUUUUUCAAAUCUCGAAUAGAGUUUUAUGAUAAGGAUGAAGUAGAAAGAAAAGGAAGUAUUCUUGUGGAUUAUAAGGAACUAAUAUGUGAUAAAGAACUAGUGGAAUCAUUACCUGAUGUUGCUGUUGAAUUAAGAGAUACACCACAAAGAAUAUUGGACUGCAUGGGACUGGCCAUUCAUCAGGUAUUGAUCAAAGACCUUGAAAAGCAUGCUGCAAAGCUGCAAGGGCAAGAAGGGCUGCCCAUUGACGAAGAGCCUAUUAUAAAUAUGCCACUUAUUCAUGCAAGAGUGUACAACUAUGAUCCAAUUACUCAAAUUAAGAAUAUUCGAGCUAAUUGCUAUGGGAAGUAUGUUGCUUUACGUGGGACUGUUGUGCGUGUUAGUAACAUUAAACCUAUCUGCACCAAGAUGGCCUUUAUAUGCAGUACCUGUGGAAAUACUCAGAGUUUCCCUCUCCCUGAUGGAAAAUACACUCUUCCAACCAAGAAAUUUUGUGGAAUUAUUAUAGCUUUGUUCAGACAAGUUUGCAUAAUGAAUAUGCAGAGACAUGUGUCAUGGGUAUGGGUAUCCGAUUAUGACAACUGGUACUACUUUGACUACUGCAACUUCACCAUGGUUUUUGAUCAUCAACUGUACUUGGGCAAUUAUGGCAUGAUCUCUUUAGUUUCCCAGGAUUAUAGCCUUGCUCAUCACUGUAACUCCUUAGCAGAUACCUAG